AUGGCUCCAAAUGCAGACAGACGACAAGUCAGCUUCCCUCAGCUGUCAUAUCCAGUGCUCAGAGAUGCAAUACCGAAAACGGCACAAUACUGGCUUAAGGGAAAACGCAUGCAAGAUGGUGCUGAAGGGCUCUGGAGAAUACACGACAACCUAUAUGACUUAACUGAUUUCAAAUCUACACAUCCUGGGGGAGAAGAGUGGCUUACUGUUAGUAGGGGUACAGACAUAACUGAACUUUUCGAAACACAUCACCUAAAAGGGAAGGCAGAAACUUUGCUACCUAAAUAUUUCGUAAGAGCAGCUAAAACACCAAGGAAUUAUCCAUUUUCUUUCAAAGAAGAUGGUUUCUACAAGACUUUAAAACUGAAAGUGAUGUCUGAAAUGCAAAAUGUGCCUAAAGAUUUAAAAAAGAAAAGUGAUUUUAUUACGGAUUCCUUACUUAUAACUUUAAUGAUUCUAAGUCCUGCUAGCUGUUGGGCCUGGACAGAAAGUUUUAUACUUGGAUCUACCUUGAUAUUAUUAAACUGUUUAGUUCUGAGUUCAGUAACCAUUUGUGCCCAUAACUACUUCCAUCGUAGUGAUAAUUGGAGGAUGUAUAUAUUCAACUUAAGCGGGUUGUGUUAUAGUGAUUGGCGCAUUUCACAUGCCAUGUCGCAUCACAUGCAUGCGAACACUGCGCACGACAUAGAGCUCAGUAUGCUGGAACCAUUCCUACAAUUCUUGCCAUAUAAGGACAAGCCUAUCUGGGCUCAAAUGGGAGCUUUCUACUAUCCUGUCGUUUAUUCAGUGACAUUUCUAGGAGUAAUGGUACAUGAUUUCAUCCUGUGUAUCCUGAAACAUGAGGGCAAAUCUCUGACCUGGAAGAAUUUGAUACCUUUUACGCUACCAGCAUGGAUGUACAUGACAGGAGGCCUCUCACUGCCAUGGACGAUAGCAGUCUGGCUUACGACCAUGGUAACGGGUAGUUUUAUGUUCGUCAUAUACGGGCUAACAGCGGGCCAUCAUAGUCACAGGAACUUCUUUGAAGGAGACACUCCAAGAAACCAGAAUUUAGACUGGGGUAUGCAUCAACUGGAUGUGGUCGUUGAAAGAAGUGAUUACGCCGGUGACCACUUUAAAGCAAUCACGCGGUUCGGAAACCACGCUCUUCAUCACCUUUUCCCCACACUAGACCACGGAGAAUUAAAUUAUUUGUACCCUAUUCUUCUAGAGCACUGUGAAAAGUUUGAAUCACAGCUCAAAACUAAUACGUUUUACGAGGCUAUUAUAAACAUGAGUAAGCAAUUAGUGAGAAAACGUCCUCUUAACUUUAGUCAGAAUAAGAUUAUAAAAUAG